CGUGCGGCAGAACCCGAGGGGAGGUCGCGCCUCGUCCCCGCGGCCCCGGGGAGAGCUUGUGGCGGCGCCGCGUUGGGUCGGCCGCAGGGAGCUGUUGCUCGGGGAUGACUUCUCUAGAAGCAGUGAUUUAAACUUGUGAGAUGCUUCCAUUAACUGGAAAAACAAUCAUCUUUGAUAACUUUCCUGAUCCUUCUGAUACAUGGGAAAUCAUUGAAACGAUCGGCAAAGGAACUUACGGGAAAGUUUUUAAAGUGUUAAAUAAGAAAAAUGGCCAAAAAGCAGCAGUGAAAAUUCUGGAUCCGAUUCAUGACAUUGAUGAAGAGAUUGAAGCAGAGUAUAACAUCUUAAAAACGCUUUCUGACCACCCUAAUGUGGUCAGAUUCUACGGGAUGUACUUUAAGAAGGAUAAAAUAAGUGGAGAUAAGCUGUGGUUGGUUCUUGAGCUGUGCAAUGGAGGAUCAGUGACAGAUCUCGUGAAGGGUUUUCUGAAGAAGGGCAAAAGAAUGAGUGAGCCCAUAAUUGCCUAUAUUUUACGUGAAGCACUAUUGGGACUUCAGCAUUUGCAUAACAACAAAACUAUCCACCGAGAUGUAAAAGGAAAUAACAUUCUGUUGACCACUGAAGGUGGAGUUAAACUUGUAGAUUUUGGUGUGUCUGCACAACUCACCAGCACUUGGCACCGUAGGAAUACAUCUGUGGGAACACCAUUUUGGAUGGCUCCUGAGGUGAUUGCAUGUGAACAGCAAUUGGAUACCACUUAUGAUGCCAGGUGUGACACAUGGUCCCUGGGGAUCACAGCCAUCGAGCUAGGGGAUGGAGAUCCUCCACUGGCCGACCUGCAUCCUAUGAGAGCACUCUUCAAAAUACCAAGGAAUCCACCCCCCCAUCUAAGGCAGCCUGAGAUAUGGUCAGCAGAAUUCAAUGACUUCAUUAGCAAGUGCUUGACUAAAGAUUAUGAAAAGCGUCCAACAGUAUCAGAUCUUUUACAGCAUAAAUUCAUUACUCAAAUUGAGGGCCAAGAUGUGAUGUUGCAGAAGCAGCUGAUGGAAUUCAUUGGUAUUCAUCAAGGCAUGGGAGGCACAGAAAAAGCCAGACAUGAACGUAUUCACACCAAGAAAAGUAACUUCAGUAGAUCACUAAUACCCACUCUGAAGGAUGUAGACGAUUUAGCAACCCUAGAAGUUUUGGAUGAGAAUACAGUCUCCGAGCAACUUGAGAAGUGUUAUUCCAGAGAUCAGAUUUACAUCUAUGUGGGAGAUAUACUCAUUGCUCUUAAUCCUUUUCAGAGUCUGUGUCUUUAUUCCGCAGAGCAUUCAAAACUAUAUAUUGGAGCAAAGAGAACUGCCAAUCCUCCUCACAUUUUUGCAAUGGCUGACGUAGGAUACCAGUCCAUGAUAACAUAUAAUUCAGAUCAGUGCAUUGUUAUUUCUGGAGAAAGUGGUGCUGGAAAGACUGAAAGUGCUCAUCUUUUGGUUCGGCAGCUGACGGUGCUUGGAAAGGCUAAUAACAGAACUCUGCAAGAGAAGAUUUUACAAGUGAACAAUUUGGUGGAAGCCUUUGGCAAUGCCUCCACUAUUAUAAAUGACAAUUCCAGCCGAUUUGGAAAAUACUUAGAAAUGAAAUUUACCUCUUCUGGAGCUGUAGUGGGAGCACAGAUUUCUGAAUACCUUCUGGAGAAAUCCCGAGUUAUCCACCAACCUCUUGGAGAAAAAAAUUUUCAUAUUUUUUACUAUAUCUAUGCUGGAUUAGCUGAAAAGAAGAAACUAGCCCAUUACAAAUUGCCUGAAAAUAAGCCUCCCAGAUAUCUACAAAAUGACCACCUCAGAACAGUACAGGAUAUGAUGAAUAAUAGUUUCUAUAAAUCCCAAUAUGAAUUAAUUGAGCAAUGUUUCAAAGUCAUAGGUUUUACAAUGGAGAGAACAACAGCAAAGGUUGGCAGGGUGACUGGAUGGAUACAUGAGGAUGGGAGAAUUUGCCUGACCAGUAGCAGCUUUUGCUGGAGAGCUGGGAGAGAAAUGCAACUUGGAAGCAUAUACAGUAUACUGGCUGCAAUCAUGAAUGUUGGAAACAUUGAAUUUUCUUCUGUGGCAACUGAACACCAGCUUGACAAGAGCCACAUUUCCAAUCAUGCAGCUCUGGAAAACUCUGCUUCUUUGCUUUGCAUUCAGGCAGAUGAACUAAAAGAAGCUCUUACCUCCCACUGUGUGGUCACUAGAGGAGAAACCAUUAUUCGACCCAAUACGGUCGAAAAAGCUACUGAUGUCAGAGAUGCUAUGGCCAAAACUUUAUACGGGCGUCUCUUUAGUUGGAUAGUCAAUCGCAUUAACAGCUUAUUGAAGCACGGCACAUCGCCAAGUGGGAAUGGUGAUGAGUUGAGCAUUGGCAUUCUGGAUAUAUUUGGCUUUGAAAACUUCAAAAAAAAUUCCUUUGAGCAGCUGUGCAUUAACAUUGCAAAUGAACAAAUUCAGUAUUAUUUCAAUCAACACGUGUUCACAUGGGAACAGAAUGAAUACCUAAAUGAGGAUGUUAAUGCCAGAGUUAUUGAAUAUGAAGAUAACCGGCCCCUCCUAGAUAUGUUUCUGCAGAAGCCAAUGGGUCUACUGUCCCUACUUGAUGAAGAAAGUAGAUUUCCCAAGGCCACUGACCAGACUCUUAUAGAAAAAUUUGAAGGUAACCUGAAAUCACAGUACUUCUGGAGGCCCAAAAGAAUGGAACUUAGUUUUGGAAUUCACCAUUAUGCGGGAAAGGUCCUCUAUAACGCAAGUGGGUUCUUAGCUAAAAAUAGAGACACUCUUCCAACAGAUAUUGUGCUGCUUUUGAGAUCAUCCGAAAACAGCGUAAUUCGGCAACUGGUCAGUCACCCUCUGACAAAAACAGGUAAUCUGCCACAUUCUAAAACUAAAAAUAUAAUAAACUAUCAAAUGAGGACCUCAGAAAAAACAAUCAACUUGACAAAGGGUGAAACUGGAGAAGCCACACGUCACGCCAUAGAGACAACCAACAUGAAAACACAAACAGUUGCAUCAUAUUUUAGAUAUUCUCUGAUGGAUUUGUUAUCUAAAAUGAUGGUGGGCCAACCUCAUUUUGUCCGGUGCAUCAAACCAAAUAAUGACCGUCAGGCAAGAAAAUACGACAGAGAGAAAGUUCUCCUACAGCUUCGCUACACCGGAAUUCUGGAAACAGCAAGAAUUCGAAGGCUGGGGUACUCACAUCGGAUACUUUUUGCUAACUUUAUAAAGCGGUACCAUGUUCUCUGCUACAAGUGGAAUGAAGAACCCCCAGUGAGCCCUGACACCUGUGCCACCAUUUUGGAAAAAGCUGGUCUGGAUAACUGGGCUCUUGGAAAAACGAAAGUGUUCCUUAAAUAUUAUCAUGUGGAACAGUUAAAUUUAAUGCGAAAGGAAGCCAUUGACAAGCUUAUUUUGAUUCAAGCCUGUGUCAGAGGAUUCUUGGAUUCAAGGAGGUACCAAAAAAUACAGGAGAAAAGAAAAGAGAGUGCUAUAAUAAUACAGUCAGCUGCAAGAGGACAUCUAGUCAGGAAACAAAGGAAAGAAAUUGUUAACACAAAAAACACAGCAGUAACAACUAUUCAGACUCAUGAUCAGCAAUUUGACUACAAGAAAAACUUUGAAAAUAAAAGGGAAUCUUUUGUGAAGAAACAGACAGAAAAUGUGGUCCCUACUAACGAAACAGUCAUUCCAGCUCCAAAUAAUAAAGGAAGUACAUCUGCAGUGAAGACUUCUACUUUCAGAGUUGAAGGGGAAGCCAUGAUUGCUGUUGAAAGUAACAACAGAGGACAUCAGACUCAGAAAAAAAUGAAUAACAUGUAUGGAGAAGAGGCUAAGCAGGAAGUGUAUCUGGUGGGGGACUCUUGGACAGAAGGACAGCCUAAGAAGAAAUACGCGAAAGACCUGGAAGAGAAUAGUAAGGUAAGGAGAGUGGAGGAGAACACUGUGCUCCAGAAUUACUACCAGAGGUAUGCAGAGGAAAGGAAUUUUGAAGAAUCAAAAAUAGCAUAUCUAGAAAGGAAGGCCAUCUCGGAAAGGCCAAGCUACCCAGGACUUUGGGUGGUGGAGAAUGAGACAAAGCAACCUUCUUUAACAAAAAGUUUGGAACCCAGUCUUAGCCAAAGGUCGGUUCAUCAAAAUGGAGAUAGCAAGGAAAAAGAAAAGAAGACAUCUGUAGUUCCCCAGAAUGCACCAGUGUGCAGCCAUCAGAGAAGCCAUUUGACGCCUGGGUCGGUCAGAGAGAGGCCAGCCCAAGCCAGCAUGCACGCCCAGGAGGAAGAUAGAGCAGCAGUGUUCAUUCAGAGCAAAUACCGGGGCUACAAGAGAAAGCAGCAAUUACAGAAGGACAGGAUGUCUUCCUUUCAAAGUCAAAAGGUUGUUUCAAAACCAACAGAAGUAGCAACAAAUACCCAUGAUUUGUACUCCUAUCCCACAAAACAUGAGGAAUCCUGUAAUAUCAGGACAAAGAAUGAUAGAGACUCAAAGGCAGUUUUAGAGAACGAAGCAUGUGAUUUGGCAAUCUUUUCAAAACAGAUAUCAAAGUUAUCUGAAGAAUAUUUCAUUCUGCAGAAAAAACUGAAUGAAAUGAUUUUGUCACAGCAACUGAAGCCUCUUUAUCUGGGUGUCUAUCCUCAUAAGCCAAUUAAUAGACGAGUUUCUUCUCAGCAGUGCCUCUCAGGUAUCUCUAAAGAAGAAGAGCCAAAAAUAUUGAGGCCCCCAAGACGGCCCCGGAAACCCAAAACAUUAAAUAACCCUGAGGACUCCACAUACUAUUAUCUACUACAUAAGUCAAUCCAAGAAGAAAAACGAAGACCAAGGAAAGAUAGUCAGGGGAAAUUAUUAGAUUUGGAAGAUUUCUACUAUAAGGAAUUUUUGCCUAGUCGUUCUGGACCAAAGGAACAUAACCCUAGCUUAAGAGAACGAAGACAAGAGAGAGAACACCAGCAUCGAUGUUUUAAUGCUGAUGAAAGGUGCUGGGCGGAGGAGAACCAGGGGCUGGAGGAAAAUGGGCCCGCAACCAAUCCCUACGACUACAGGAGGCUCCUGCGCAAGACCUCCCAGCGGCAGCGCCUCGUGCAGCAGGUGUAGCUCGGCUGGUGGAGGCCACCGCGGUGGGAAUGUGCGCGAGACUGCGGGGUUGCAGGAGCCAAAGCCCGGGCGCUGGCACGACCAGGCGCUGAUGCCCCGGCCCUGACCAUGGCAGGGGCUGCCCGCUGCGCUCGCCUCUCGAGUGUCAGGGCCAGCCUCACCGAAGGAGGAGGAGAAGUGAGAGCCUUGGAUGCCGCGUCUCGGCACUCCGGCACCCUGCACUCCCACCAGCCCGCCAGCUGGGGCAUCCCUAUCCCUGGCCCCCAAUGUAUCUCUUUGUUCACUCAUUUGAGACUCCUGUGGACCCGACUGCGCCUGAGCUCUCGCCGAUCCCUCCUCUCAUUUUGGAAGACUUCAAAGAUUUCUUUUUCCUUGGAAACCGCUCUCUCAGGCCUGCGGGACACUGGAGGGGCGAGUAAAACAAAGCCCGGUGGGAGAAGAGGCGAGGGUGGGGGAAGCUUUGAAGAUGAACUCCUUCUCAAACUCGCGCUUUCCCUUCCCUUGGUUAUUGAGGUUAUUAAAUAAAGGAAGUGCCUUGGAAAGUCCGUGGCUUUCGGGGCUGGUACGACAUAUUCCCCUUUAGGGCUAGACUCCUGCUGUCCACCUGUGCGGGUGCAGGUGCCCAGGCAAGGAAGUGACGGUGCCGUCUGUCUCCUCCAGCGAACAAUCAUCGCCUCCAGACAUCCCAAACAAACAUACUAAGUUAAAAACCUGAGUCUUGCGGCGCAAACGUGACCUGCAGACAAAUCCCCAAACCCCCCACACACACUGCGCGCGCGCGCACACACACACACACCUUUGGUCCCACCACUGAGCUAACUGUUGGGCUUUUUAGGUUCUUCUAGUCUGAAGAUUUGGGGCAAUCUCGGCGCCAAAUUUUGGCGUAUGUAAGAGGGAUGGGCAAUGGGUAGGCAGAGAGGUUUUUCUCAGUUGAUGGCAUCUUAGUUUAGAACCUGGGUUGAGCCCUUCUAUGGAACUGACACCCUCCGUUGUCCACGGGGUCUGAAGAGCGCGCGGAAGGAUGACGAGGUGAUUUCACGGAUGACUGAACUGGGAGGAGGGUUCUGGCUGGGAUAGGGCUUGUUCCUCUUGCUGGUGUCCCUCGCGUGCGGGGCCCGAAGCCAGAAGACUGGAUUGAGUGAGGACGGGUGGACGUUCGUUAGCCGCUUGCUCAUCAGAAGUCAAGUACUCUCCAACCCAAAAUGUUGACGCCGAAAGGUCUCCCAGAGAUGCUCCUACAACCUCUUCAUUUUACAGAGGAGACCCCCGAGAGGCGAAACCUCCCACAGUGGCCGGAUCGAGCUCAGAGUUCAAGGGCGCUGUAGGCCCUGCACCUUCCCCGGGUUCUCCUUGCGGCCUCCGCUGGGGCUCAGCCCUGCAGACCGACGGCUGGGUUGUGACUUGCUGCAGGCUGGGCCUAGCUCAGGCACCGGUGAAACCAGCGCCGCGGGGCACUGUAUACGGCCGAGGGGGAGAGAGGGAUUCUGGUCCCCGAGGUGAAUCGAGUCCCUCCGCCGCAACCUACCCAUCCACCUACCACCUAUCACCUUGCGGGGCAAAGCUGAGCUUCGCGUCGCUACCAGGCAAGCCCCUUCUUAGAGCUUUUGAAGUGGCCUGUGUAGACCAGAGCCCUGGCAGUCCGGCCCUUAGGUUCUGGAUUGGGAGGCAGUAGGCUCCCUCCCUAAACU